AUGUCGCAGUUCUCGUGCUCUUCUGCCGUGCACUGUACCAGUGAGUGUGACGUAUCAACUAGAUACCCCGAUCGUACACAGUUUUUUCCUUUGAAAUCUUGCGUCAGUGAUGUAAAGGCGCAUUUGAGAGAAUUGCAAGCAACACAAUCAUGUGUAGCCUCUGAGAGAGAGCUGAUACUUGCUCGUGUCGGUUUGUUUGACAAGGAGGGUAAGGAUAUGGUUGUUUGCCCCAAGCAUCGCGUUUUACUUGGAGUAAAGUAUUGUCCUUCAAGAAAAUGCCAGCAUCCGCUUCAUGGUCGCCGUAAGGGUAAAGUAUCCAGAGGGGUGAACUUGAAAAUGUCGAAAGAGAUAAAGGAAAGGUGGGACGUUUUGGUUCCCGUGGGCUCAGGUAAGCGUGAUCACUGAAGGUAAAUACGGUACUUAUACAUGCUUUGGUUUCUUGAUGAUUUCGCCUCAUGUAAGGGAAUCAAGACAGGAUUCCAAUCACUGUAUUCCAGUAUUUGUCAGUGGAACUUGGGUUCUUUUUCAAUCAUUAGUGGGAUUCCGGAUUCCACUAGCAAAAUUUUCUAGGAUUCCGGACUCCGGAUUCCCUUACAUGGGGCAAAUGAUUGACUAAUACACAAGUUUAGUCAAUUGUUUUAUUAAUAUAUACAAAAGUGGAAAAGGAGUUUUUUUUUUCUUUCUUUUUUUUGGCGGGGGUGGGGGGAAGGAUGGAAGAUCUUGUAAGAAAUUAAUUAUGAGUUAUAGGGUAUGAUAUUUAUUUCGCAAAAGAAUAACAAACAAACAAACACAUAAGAGAUUGUGUGGUGAAUUUUGAUCUACAAGAGUUUUAAUCUAUUUUUAAAUUUACCAGGUCAAUUUGCCCUUCCGUUGUUUUCCUUUUUGUAUCUUAGCUAGUUACGUUCUAACGGUAGCCCAUAGUUAUAGGUUCCUGCUUCUAAUCGGUCAUUUUUCCCCAUGCAGGAGGGGCGGGGGAUAGGGCAAUUCUCUCAAAAGCUACAGUGACUAUACAGAUAUUUUUUUGGCGAAACCUCAGGGCCAGGCCUUUUAAUAUAGAGCCCGGCGUCAAUUAAGAAUGAGUGUUCUAGAACGGGACGUGAAAAUACGCGCCUCACUGAAAAAUUAUCAGAUUUUUGUUUAAAAUCCGCACUGGAAUUGCCGCUAAUUAUACUUUUACUGAUGGCCUACGCUGGCCUACCAGAUCGCGCGGCCUUCUAGUAUUUUCUACAGCACUAAUCACUAAUACUUCCAACAGGGUCAAAUUUACAUCCCCAAUUUCAGAAGAAGAGGUUUCUGUUUCCGCAGAUAUAUGAUUUUUUAAAGGCGGGGCCCACUGGGGCCCUCUUUUGGCUAGGAAUGGCGGCAAAAACCUAUUUAGAAUCUAGCUUGGUAAAAUCCCUCCCUCUAAGAAAUAUUAGAAUGCCUAAAUGGAUGUAAGCAAGCCGUUUAUUGCUUGGGAAAAGUUCCAAACAGUUUGUUCUAUUCAGCCUGUUACGACAAACUAACAAACCAUAAUGCUACCAAAACUCAUUUUAGGUUUAUUCUUGUACGCAGGGGCUUGUAGACAAUGCCGUGGUGACCAUCUAAGAAAUGUAGGUUCUACUGACGCGGAUUCCGAAGUACAAGAUCCCGGACUGGCGUCCACGUCUCACCCAGAGCCUCAGAUUCACGAACCUUCACGUUCUACGGAGUCCGCAGAGGAAAUAGUAGAGCCAGCACAGUUACUACCGCCUGCUACAGAAGAAUCGGAACAAUUGUCUGCUGCCCCUGCCCUUCACGUAAGAUUCCAAGAAGAUCUUCAUUAGUGAGGUAAGUUCUUCUUCGGCAGUGUGUGAAUGAGUUUACUGAUUUCAAAGGGGCGGGAUGUUUGCGUCACUUGCUUUGUAAUUGUUGUCAUAAUCCACUGAUCUUUAGAACAAAUCAGGAAAGGAGGAAGAGGGGUCGUUGUUGCUUGAUGUAUUGGGCAUAAUGUUGGUUCUCACACUAAUUUGCAUAGACUUUGAAUAAAAUCGGAAUUCGUUAAAAUUGGUUGUUAUACUGAGUCACUAUAUGGUUGAGUCAUAAAAUUGUCUCUUUUCAAAGAAUGCCUGUCUUCGAGUAUGCUUUGCGGUCGUGGUUUCGAAUGUUGCUCACUCUUAUUUAUCGAACUUCAUUUGAAGCCUAUAGCGCGAAAUUUAAUAAAAUAUAAUCAUCAAUUGCUCGUAACAAUUACUAUUCAAAGCUCAUUCUACUCCUGUUAUUAAUCUUAGAGAGGUUUGAGCAGAUUCGUAUAGCGUUCAUAAACAAAGCCAACGGGCGCAAAGCAUACCGGCCAACAGGAAUUCUUUAAUGUAAAACUUGUACACGCUGACUAUACGGUAAUAAUGCCAAACUGAUGGAAUAAGUAGAUAUUUACUAAAUACAGCUUUUUUCUCUUCCAGCAUAGCGAUCGCGACUCAGACCCCAGCGACCGCCAUUCAGACGCUUUGUCGCGGACGUCAUCUGGAUCCCAGGAGUCUCUUGGCGCAGCAGAGACGUCUGCAGAAUGGCAGCCCACCCCUCAAAUACAGCAGCGCCUUUACUACCUUAAUAAUUUCCUCAGAAUGGCUACUGAAGGCAGGGUCAGCCCGGUGAGGUCACAGUGCCAAUGUGACGUUCUUACUAUGUCAUCCAGAACCCAGCGCUACUACCGGAAAAAAGCGGAGCAGGCUAUCGAAGGCGUGCUUGAAUCCAUUGCCCCUGGCAACACCUCCUGGCUCUACCACCAAGUCAUGCAACGCCUGGAUUCGUUUACAAGCGGCCGAGGGUAUAGUCGAAGACACGCUGGUUGCCAGACUGGUGAUUCUGUAUGAGGAAGCCGCCUAUUGGUACACGAGACAGCAGAUCCUGUCGCUUUUCGUGAACGACUACUCGAAGAGCGAGCUAUUGGCUUUGAUUCCGGGUCUCUCAAAAUGGAGAAUCGACGAGGCAAGGAAGCACGCUUUCCAAACUAAGCCCGGGCAACCCAUUGACCCACCAAGGAUCACCAGAUGCCGUUUGGAUGCUGUGAAAGUUGACCGCUUUCUUGACUUCUUGUCCAGUCCAUCAGUUCUUCAAGAUGUGGCAUAUGGCACUAGAACUCUUUAACUGGAGAGUGGAGAGAGCUUAGAGAUCCCGAACAUGGUGCGCACAGUUAUAUCCUGCCACCUAGUGCGCAUGUACCCGAACUUUUGUGUAGAGUCCAAUUUUGAGCCUCUCGGACGCUCCGCGCUCUUCAAUAUAAUCAAUUAUUAAAAACUGAAUCAUUGGAUAAUGCAAUUGUAGCAUUUUGAUUGGCUUAGCCGUUAUGGUAUAUGAGCUAUUGUACCAUGCUCUCCAUAUAUGGUCGGUGUACGCGUCAGUUUAAAAUUGGAAGCUAGCUGAGAUUUUUUUCGCGAAGGAUAGAACGGCGCCCGAAGCAAAUUGUUUUAAUUCAUUUCUUAGAAUGCUAGAAAUACAAUUUCAUCGAAAGAAAAAAGACAAAAACAAACAAAAAAGCCACAAGAGCUUGUUUGAAAGUUUGUCGAAAAACACGUGAAAACACAUGGAACUAAAGUACCUUGACCAGCUACGAAAGAAGACAAGUGUUGUUUCUUCAUGAUUGCGAAGCCAUUCGCCGAUCGAGUCACUCGCCGAUAGAUAACUGCGGCUUGUUUAUCCGACAUCAAGAAUAUAAAUCACAAGUAACCAGCUACAAAUACAGGCUAUGCAGCCAUUCACUAGAGCAAUCGAGGCGGCAGUAUAGCUUCUUUUCUCGUUCAGCAAAACCAGCUUGUGGCUUCAAACAACUUCAUAACAAGCGACCGAGGUAAUAGUUUUUCUCCGUUGUUCUUACUUUUAUAACUGCACCGAAAAUCCAAAUUCACAGUAAUUUCGACGGCUGUCACUUAAAAAUUCUUUUCCUUCACAUUAUCUGCAGGUUUUUUUGGCUGUUCUGCUGUGUAAAAUCCUAGAAUCCCAAUGAGUUUUUAAAAAACUAAUGUUCAUCGCUACAAUGUUUUGAUUUUUCAUUCAUGCAGUCCAGGCGAGUCCGUUCGCACGCUGACAGUUUUGAUAGACGUGUGACAUGUGAAUAGUGGAAGUCUCUUGUCUUUUCCGGUUUGUUCUGGUCGGGUAGAUUCAACGAGAUUUUGUGGGCGUUUUUAAUAAAACAAUUAUUCCACUCGAGCUUGUUGGAUAUGAGAUGAUUAUAGCCAACUCGUCGCUACGCGCCUCGUUGGCUAUCUAUCAUCUCAUAUCCAACGCGCCCUCGUGGAAUAAUUGUUAAUUAUAAAACGUUCGUAAAGGACGAAUUUUGAUCAGGGUUAAUUGCAGUUGUAGUAGUGGUGUAGUAGUAGUAAUGGUUUGCAUUUAGAAAUUAGUUUGAAGCCAAAGAAUUUUGUUUCUCUUCAGGUUUGUGGGGCUUCACUAAAGAAAUCGUUAGCCGGUCUGGAUAGCACUCAGACAGAUGGGGUACAGGCGCUCGCCACUCUUGAAGACAUCACUCAUCAACUCAAACAAGCCGGUGAGAUACAAACACCUUCCAUUAUUACUGUAGGUGCACGAGUUGUCACAACUUUUAAUAAGCUGACGGAGUAUCAGUAUUUAUUAUUGUGUGUAUUUUUUCUAUCACAGGACUGGAUAGCACAACGGCCGAUAACAUUCUAAUGCGACUCAAAGCAGGUCGGCAGUAUCUGAAGACGGAUUUCAAGAUCCACACAGCCAGCGAAUUCCCGUGCGCAGAUCACUGCAGAGUGUUCGCCCUCAGUAGGACAGAGAAAGAGUACAACGGUCAGUGCCAACAUCAGCAUACCAUAACCUGUGACCGGUGCGAAGACCUAAAGAAUGCUGUCUCAGAUCUGCAACUAGCGUUGGAUUCAGGUGAAGUACAUCUAAGGUAAAACAACUUUGUGACAGAAAAGCGGAGUUUAGCAUUUAUUGUCAACUAACAACCUAAUCCCCAAGGCGCUUUAUAUGAGUUUCAGUUAGAAAUUUUAAAUUGCUUUGGGUGGUUCUAAACCUAAUGAACAUAUGUUUUAAAUGAAACGCAGUUUACGAAAAAAGUGAGAGUCAUCAUUAUUUUUUGAUAAAACGGCUCCAAAGAAAAAUUUCUGACGCUAUCCCGCCGUGAUGUUGACAAGCUCUACUCUUUCCCUUUUUAGUCCUGAUAAACGAGAGGAGUUACAGCAUGAUUUGAGCUGCGCUGCGCCGAGCAUAGAAGAUUGGAAGUCGCACUUUCUCCGUUCAGUUCACCAGGAUGUGGCCAAGAGCGAAAUUGAUGAUAGCCUGAAACCAUCACAGGUGCUGCUAAUAAUGGACUGGGCGAUGAAGUUUGUUCCCACCAGCUUUCGCGAAACGCAGCGCGACUGGUUUGGAAAGAAGGGGAAGUCCUGGCAUCUCUCGGUGGCCAUCACUAAAGCAGAAGAUGGAACAAUCUCUUCUGUCUUUAUCGCUCACUGACCACUAUAAACUAGUUUCUCGUGAGCGCGGUCUUUGUUGCGCUAACCGAUUGCAAAAUUGGAUAACUGAUAAGAAUGCCAGGCCGAGAAAAGACGCUAAAGCUUAAAUUCCUAAUAGUGAAUUUCAACAUUUCAUUGCUUUCGGCACUUAUAUAAAGAUAAAACGUUGGCGACGCAGGUAAGCGCGCGCAAAAGCGCAUGGGACGGAGUACAUUUUUAAUCCAAAUAAAAGGCCAUAAACAUUCUCGAAAAAAGCAGACCUUCCCGGGUGUUAUCUCUGUUUCAAGUCAAAAUGCGCAGGUUAAUACUCCAUUAGCCCUUGACUGUGACCAGGUCCCUUGGCGCACUAUUCAUGGUAAAAAAUGCCUUACUAUUAUGAUUUUCAGACACGUACAUAUAUCCACUUAUUUGAUGAAUGCAAUCAAAACUGGUUCAGCAUUUCCUCCAUCAUCGAAGAUUCACUAACCACCAUGAAGCGAGAGAAAUCUAGACUGAAUGAAGCUUUCCUGAGAUCUGACAACGCAGGCUGUUAUCACUGCGCAUUUCUUCUUCUCAGUCUUCCAAGCCUUGGACAGCGGGUUGGUGUCCGCAUAGCUCGUUAUGACUUCAGUGAAGCCCAAGCUGGGAAAGACAUAUGUGACCGCCGAGCCGCCGCCUUGAAGGGCCACAUUAGGCGCUACAUUAAUGAAGGCAAUGACGUCAAGACAGCAAGUGACAUGAAAGCUGCUAUUGACUCGCAUGGGGGCGUCAAAGGGUGCUACUCAGUGGUGUGCAAGGUUGCCGAAAGGUCCCAAAACAUGACCAAGCACUCGCUGAGUGGCAUACAGUCUUUGAACAACUUCGUGUUCACUGAAAGUGGAGAGAUGAUCUCGUGGCGGGCCUACAAUGUCCGACCCGGAAAGGUCUUUUCCGCGGCGUCGCUAGCGCGUCUCGGUACCCCCGACAAACUUACAAGUUCUCCAGGCAUUCAAUAG